GCUUCGGCCACCAGCACAUCCCGGUGCAUCUUCUAAGGCACAGCAGCUUUCCUCUGCGGCAGCCGCACCUCGCCAACUGGCGUAGGGCUGCAGGCUCGCCCGAGUUGCUGCUUGCUGCCUCUGCUGCCGCAGGCCACCCUGCGCGGACCGUAGACUGCGCAGACGCCAUCUCCGAUCCUGUAUCGCUGCGGGCGCCUCGGCGCGCCCUGUGAUCCGCAAUCCUGCGGCGGGCGGCAUGGGAUAAUGCGGCCAUGGUGCGCCGAGAUCGCUUGCGCAGGAUGAGAGAGUGGUGGGUCCAAGUAGGGCUCCUGGCUGUGCCCUUGCUGGCUGCGUACCUGCACAUCCCACCCCCUCAGCUCUCCCCUGCUCUGCACUCAUGGAAGACUUCUGGCAAGUUUUUCACCUACAAAGGCCUACGCAUCUUCUACCAAGAUUCUGUCGGUGUGGUCGGAAGCCCUGAGAUAGUUGUGCUUUUACAUGGCUUUCCAACAUCCAGCUAUGACUGGUACAAGAUCUGGGAAGGGCUGACCCUCAGGUUCCAUCGAGUGAUCGCCCUUGAUUUCUUAGGCUUUGGCUUCAGUGACAAGCCGAGACCACAUCAGUAUUCCAUAUUUGAGCAGGCCAGCAUCGUAGAGUCCCUUCUGCGGCACCUGGGGCUCCAGAACCGCAGAAUCAACCUGCUGUCUCAUGAUUAUGGAGAUAUUGUUGCUCAGGAACUGCUGUACAGGUACAAGCAGAAUCGAUCUGGCCGGCUCACCAUAAAGAGUCUCUGUCUGUCGAAUGGAGGUAUCUUUCCUGAGACCCAUCGUCCUCUCCUUCUCCAAAAGCUCCUCAAAGAUGGAGGCGUGCUUUCCCCCAUCCUCACCAGGCUCAUGAACUUCUUUGUGUUCUCUCGAGGUCUCACUCCAGUCUUUGGACCAUAUACUCGACCCACUGAGAGUGAGCUGUGGGACAUGUGGGCUGUGAUUCGCAACAAUGACGGCAACCUGGUCAUCGACAGUCUUUUACAGUACAUCAAUCAAAGGAAGAAAUUCAGAAGACGCUGGGUGGGAGCACUUGCGUCCGUGUCCAUCCCCAUUCAUUUUAUCUAUGGGCCACUGGAUCCUAUAAAUCCGUAUCCCGAGUUUCUGGAGCUGUACAGGAAAACGCUGCCGCGGUCCACAGUGUCGAUUCUGGAUGACCACAUUAGCCACUACCCACAGCUAGAGGAUCCCAUGGGCUUCUUGAAUGCAUAUAUGGGCUUCAUCAACUCCUUCUGAGCUGGAAAGAGUAGCCUCCCUGUAUUACCUCCCCCAUUCUCGUAUCUGUGUGUAUUCCACUUAGAAAUGCCCAAAAGAGGUCCUGGCCAUCAAAUACUACCCUUUCAUCAAAGUCCAUUUCAUUCACAUUGGUGAACAAACUACAGGAAACAGGCAGCUGGAACUCUAUAGGGUGACACGAUAGUCCACCUCAUCUCUAAGGGUGACAUGAUAAUCCUCUCAUUUCUGUGACAUCUGACCAAAUAAAUAGAGCUGCUGUUGUUUUGUGUUAUUAGGACAUUCUGAUUAAUAACACUUCAUUUACGUAGAAAGACAGCAUUAGAUAUUCUUUUUUUGUGUUAAAUACUCCCAAAAAACCCCCAAAACAAAACAAAACAAACAAAACAAAACCCCAAAACAUAAUAACAACAGAAACCCAGUUUCUGUGGACUUUUAUUAAAAUAUUUAGAAAUGCUCCCUUCUGGCCCAAUCCUAAUUGGAAUCCUGGAAUAAAGAGUGAAGGAGGAGCCUGCUGUUUCCCUUUCAAGAUCUGUAAACAGUUUGUGAGAGGGAUUAUCUUGUCACACCUUUACAUUUAGUUUCAUCAGCUGCUUCUAAUUAUAUACAUUUUUGUUAAAACAGACAUUGGCUUAGGGGGCUGGGGAAGUAGUUCAGUGGUAGUGUGCCUGCCUAGCAUGUUAAAGCCCUUGGGUUCAGUCCGCAGCACUGUUCCCACCACCCUUCAACUCCUCCCCCUACCCCAGCCCAUCAAACCUAGACAUUGGCGUAAAUACAGUGUUCUGAGUAUGCAUCUGAUGCAUACUCAUGUAUAUAUUUACAAACAGUUGGCCCUUGCUAAGAAGAAAACCUCAUUAUAUAUAGAAUUUGUGAAUAAACAGGUUGAAAUUA